AUGAACAAUCCCUCCAUCUUCAUCAGCGGCGACUCUCAUGAUUUCCAGCCCGUACCCGCGGUCGUGUUCCCGCAGACUGCGCUCUAUCCGCAGAGUUUGAUGAGCUCGUAUCAUUUCGAGCCGAGGAGGAGCGUGUCCAACCCUCUCCCUCCUUCCCAUCGCUCGGCCAGCCCAUCGUCGAGCCAGUAUGCAUCGCCCGAGCGUACGGCGCUGCAACUCCUUGGACAUCGUCCCCUGGACGACCAUGACGCGUCCUUUGUGCGUGAGCUUGUUCAGUAUCACGAAACUGAGCUUCGUGAGCUCCGGGCCCGCUAUGAAAAGCUAAAGGGCCUGCACGCGAGAGCAAACGACCGCGUCGACGUCCAGCGCAAGCAUCACAAAGAAGACAGCAUACAAAGCACACGUACGUAUGAGGUCCUGUCCGCGCAGGUCACCUCAGACUUGGCGCUGGAGAGUCGGCAAGCGCUAGAGGCCAGAAUCCUCGCGGUGGAAAAUUCGCUGCACAAGCUUAGGGGAACUCUACAUCCCAUCAGGAAAUUACCCGCAGAAUUGCUGGCUCUCAUUAUGGAAUACGCCAUCGAGUUUGCAGAGACGGAGCGAGUGGCUGCAAUGCUCCAGGUCGCCAGUGGCCAACUACAACUCCGGGGCGCCACGUUGUUUGGGUUCGACUCGGAAAAUUCACCUGUUACUUCGACAUUUUCUUCCCAUCUCAACAAACGCCUCUCCCCUGCAGUUCUCUUAUCGUCGAUUUGCACGCACUGGCGAGAUGUCGCACACGGCUUACCCUCAUUAUGGAGAACGAUUCACUUUCGACUCACUGGUCCGGCGAACGACAAUCGCUGGGAUCGUGUGAGAAGCUUUGUCGAUCGUGGAAAGCGUAGCCCUCCUUCGGCGGAACAACUAGAGAUGGUGACUGGCCUCUCCCUUGUUUUCACUGGCUGGGAGGAACACAAAUAUCCACCCGUGGAGAGAAGCUUUAGGAAGGUCAUGCAGAUGGUUCGAAAGGGAGUCGUGGAAGACGAUUGGACGUUGGAAACUCCAAGUCACUCUCGUCGGCAGUCAUCUGCGGACACACCAUCAAACAGUGCACUCGGUGGGUUGACAGGAGUACCGAUCUUCGUCGAGAGCCCAACUCUUCAAGUUCCCUUCAGUCCUCCAUCACAUUCCUUUGUGAUUACACGGCUUGAAAUCGUCUUUAACACAUUAUGCAAUCAUCACAACAGUCUAGUCACUGGAACCGAGAGUAACUCCGAGCUUCAUUGGCCGUCGAAUUGCCCAAAGCCAAGAGAGGUUGUGAUGAUCGCCAAAGACACGGUCUAUACCACUCCGUGCAACCACUCAGGCGAGGAAACCCGACCAACUCAUUUUCUCAUCCCGCCAUUUGCCGCCAGCCUCAUACCACGCGCCGAGUCAGUGACCCUGGUUAACCUCCAAUUCGCGUGGCCGUCAAUUGAGAAACCCGAGGCCUACAAGUCUCUUACGUCGCUUACCCUGGUCUAUACACUCAGUUUCGACAACCUCCUACGACACCCAGAAGAUGGAGACGACUUGGGGUUUUUGCAAUUCCUACGAAGAUGCCAGAAUCUCAGAAAUCUAGAGAUACGACUCGCACCACGCAAAUUGGGGCAUGUUGUAACGAAUGGUACAUCCAAUCCCAACGGUGGGCCCGUGGUCUCACCAACAAUUUGGGAAUCCAGUUUAGAGCAUCUCAGCAUUUCUUUGGAUGAUCUUGGACGGAUUUCUCCUCUCAUCUGUGCGCAAUUGAUCACCCCGUCAGCCCCCAUUAUCCGAUUUCCAUCUCUUCGCCGACUUACGAUUCUCCCCUCUCCACCACAACUAAAAUCGAUAAAGCAUGACAAACCAGAAGCGUGGAAAGAGAUUGCCUCACGCUUCCUUCUCGUCACAGAGGCACCGAUACGACAUCUCGAACUACGCAGCCGCCCUCAGAAGCCGCAUCCAAGCCACUCAGGAGCACAUGCUGGCCAUCGCCUUGGACAAGAAAUGGAAGCGCUUCUCUAUGUCAUCCAAGAGGUUCAUGGAUGUGAAACCUUGGAGAUUUGGGGGAACGAUAUUGCACAGUCGGUUUUGGACGUUGUGAGGCUGUCGGCACCUCAGGUAAAUGGGGUUGCAGAAGACGUUAGCGCAAGGACUAGCUCGUCAGAAGCAGAAAGAGGUGGCAGUCUCCGCGUUGGGGAUACAGCACCAGUAUCGCGUGCCUCUCCUACUCCUUCGAGAUCGGAACAAGCACCUGCCCCUGGGCCUUCAUCGGUUCCACCAACAUCAUUUCCAUCACGCCUCCGACGAAAGCACGCCUCGACAUCUCCGUCCCCAACUCCCUCAAACGGUCGCAAGAAGCGCAUAUCUCUCACAGAGGACCUGGUCGCCAAGGUUAUUGCGUCCAUUUUACCAUUAAAGAAGCGCUCCUUAGCCAUCGUUUCCACUCCGGAGGGCACACCGCGCAUCGCGUCAAACGAGAUUUCGAUCCAAGACGACCACGAGAUUACAGGUGCAGCUGGACCCGUCACGGCUGAUAGCUCGCCUCGAGUUAGGGUCCAAAGUUUGCCGGCUGGGAACCAUCCUCCUCCUCGCAUGUCGACAUCCACCUCCACGACGGCGGCAAGGCCGUCCAAUGACACCGUACUGCAUGCAGAGCCAGACGGUAUGGAGUCGACUGCUCCUGCUGUGACCCUGCCAGCAUUCAAAAAGCUCAUUGUUCACGAUGCAGAGGUGUUUACUGCGGGUGUUGCGGCGCACCUCGCGCAAAGGGGCAUCAAUACUGUUAUAUACGGAUAA